GAAAGCUUCGUUCUGUCUCUUCUCGUAGCAAUCUUCCGUGCUCUGUACAACUUCCUCGUCCAUCGCACUUUCAAGAUCCUCGAAACAUAUUACCUCCGGUUCGGUCGGCAGAGUCGGAGGCUGUCUAUGACAGCUUUCGAUAUGUUCUUCUAAGUUACUACUGGUUGUGUGUAAAGACCCGCAAUUCGUGUAUGGACAUAUAAAUACAUUCGUUUCAUUGUUAUGCCAUUCUUGAUAAUGACGCCACAUGCUACCAGGAUCGGAUAAUUCUUCCCCGCAUCCCGGCUCUCGGCAGCUGUACAAUAUCGACGUGUUACAUAAGCAUCGGUUAAUUGGGAAACGUUAAUCAACGAAUGUAACUCACAUGAAUCUGAUCUUCAAAGCUUCGAGAGUUUCGUGCGUUUUGUAUUCAUCCUGGUUCGUAAAUACCUUGCCACAAUCUCGUUGUUUGCACGUAUAUAUUUCCUAAAAAGAACGAUAGUUCGUGAAAUCGAGAUCGUGAUACGGCGAGCGCGAGAAAAACGAGGGCACAGUGAGAAUCAACGAAAGCCCUGGGUAGACGGGUAAACGCUACGGCGAUUUGUUUUGAGUUAGGGGUCGUUGAACCCGUGAAAUGGCUCCGGCGGUUUUACCUUUUUCGGGGCUAUUUCCUCGAUGGUGCGAUUUCUCGACACGAAUCUGAUGACGCUGACUUCGGUAGGCCUGUCCGUGCAGGCGUCCGUACCCUGGCCCAUCCUGGCCGGUGUCCGCGGAAAAACGGCUGUGAACGACGCGUUUCGUGCCCUCACAUAACCUGCGCUCAUCGAGACGGGUGGUUCGGUAAGGAAUUUUUCCUAUACCUUGAAUGAAAGUCCCGGACGCGCGAUCAUAUCUACGAACGGGAUGCUUUGUCGGGCUACUUACCAACAAAGUGCGCUCCCGUUCGCGCCGGUUUAUCUUUCCUCUUGCACUUCACAUUAUACCGUCGUUAAUAAUAUCAAUCACUUGUUGUCAUUUCAGUGCAACCGGGCUACCAUCGCUUUCACGUCCACCAUUAACUCUUCCCGCUCCCGCACCUCCAAAUACGAUUGAGAACCACUGUUAGGGAAUGCGCUGUUACAGGGCCGUUAGAACUUGGAACAUAACAGAUCCGACGUUAGUUUUUCGACUGGCGAACCUGGCAACGCGCGUUUAUCGUUACAAAUGCAUACAUAUAUUUUCAAUGUUUAUUCAACCACGUCCAUGCGUUAAUUUUUCUCGACUUCUCGUCGUCCGCGUUCGUACUAUCCAUCGUUACGGAAAAUGUUUUCUCUAUAAAAGAACCAACGUUCAGGCAGACACGUGACCACCUGACGCUUCUCCGUACGUAUUUCGAGCCGAGCAUUCGACAUUUGACAAACGUCACAGGAUUGCACCAGGAUCCCACCGGCAAUGGCGUCAAUUUUAAAAUCACCGCUUCCUAUUCCGUUUUCGAAAUUAUUCUAUUCUACGAUCUUGGUCGUCGUUCUCGGUUUCACCGUCACGAUCGAUUCGAGCAACGAUUUUUAAGUUGCGCGUGCCAGGCGACAGAAUGUGCGUUUGCUAUGUACAUGUAGCAACGGGUGAACCGUUUGCGCGUGUGGACGUCGAGCAGAAUGCGAGCAACACGCGUCAGUAUCGAUUUACCUUGGCACCUGGUCCGUCGUACCGCUGGCCUCUAUCUAAAUUGCCAUCGUAUCGGUUCAAGCGUGAUCCACGAAAAUUAAUGUGGUUCCACUGCCGAUCGAAGGAUGCGCAUACUUCGCAUUCUGUUAACAUUUUCGGCGGCAUGGUCCCUGUGCUGCAGUCGUUGUUACGUCGACGGUCAAGAUGUGUACGCGGAGCCCGUAAACGCCGAGGAUAAUUCUACAGUACCAUCGCAUAUAGUGGUCACGUCGUGGAAUGACACUCCGUUUUCUAUAAUCGUGGAGGAGAACGGGACAUGGAUCGGCAAAGGAUACGCGUUCGACAUCUUCAAUUUGAUUCGCUCGAAAUUAAACUUUACAUACACCAUUGUUCCGCCGAACGAGCACAUCCUUGGGAACGAGAAUAACGGUAUUCUUGGGCUGCUUUACGAAAAGAAAGUGGACAUGGCAGUCGCAUUUCUUCCGGUACUGCCGGAGAUGGAACGGUUCUGCGAGUUCAGCACCUACUUGGAUGAAACCAGAUUAACAGCUGUGAUGAAGAGACCGAAAGAGUCGGCCAGUGGUUCCGGUCUUCUCGCACCGUUCGAGAGAACAGUUUGGUUUCUAGUUUUGGCAUCUUUGAUCUUUAUGGGACCGAUUAUUUACUUUCUCGCCAGCAUCAGAGAAAAAUUAUGGCACGGUCCGGACUUGGAAGGAUUCAGCGUGACCUCCUGCGUCUGGUUCGCUUAUAGUUCUCUUCUGAAACAAGGAACGAACAUUGUUGCUACGACAGAUUCGACGAGAAUGCUUUUCGCCACGUGGUGGAUCUUUAUAUUGAUAUUAACGUCGUUCUAUACCGCGAACCUUACGGCGUUCCUCACGAAACCGCAAUUCACUUUGUCCAUCAGUUCCCUGCAGGACAUCGUCCAGAAAGAAUACAGUUGGAUCACCUACAAGGGCCGCACCGUAGAUUUUCUUCUUUCUCAGGAUCACGACAACGAUUUGAGUUUACUAAAUGUCAGCAAACAUCGGGGGAAGGGCUUUUUCGAAUACGACGAACCAUCGGAAGCCAUACUGCAAUCCGUAAGGACAAAAACGCUGUUCUUAGCAGAAGCCCAUUACCUGCAAACCCUGAUAUUCAAGGAUUACGUAAACAAAACUCGCAAUCCUUCGAAGCAAAGCCUGCGUUGCACCUAUGUUAUAAUGCCUGGGAGCAUAUUGGACACGAAUCGCGCAUUCGGCUUUUCGCACGGUUCGACCAUACGAAAGCCUUUGAACCAAAUGUUGAUGAGAUUGGUGGAGUCAGGUAUCGUGCAACAAACGCAAGAGAAAGAUCUUCCUCUCGCUGAGAUUUGUCCUGUAGAUCUUCGCUCGACCGAGAGACAGCUUCGAAAUGCCGAUCUUCUUCUGACCUAUAAAGUUGUUAUAGCAGGGUAUACGAUCGCGGCGAUCCUCUUCGUAACAGAAAUUGUAUAUGCGUUACUGGUAGGCUGGUUGAAACGUAAAAAGCGAAAGAAGCAGCGUAAUCCCCUCUUAACCGCAACGAUUACAACGAAUCCUUCGGUUAAAGAUUUUGCGCCUCCUAAACGCGUCCAUUUCUUACACGAUAAUCCGAAACCGCAAACGCUUAACGGAAAUUCGCAGAAUAUCUUGAUGCAGGGAAAACAACAAUUAAUUAACGGAAGAAAUUACUACGUUGUUGCGGACCGAGAACGAGAUCGAAAAUUAAUACCGAUUAGGACACCUUCUGCUUUUCUAUUUCAAUAUUCUGCUUAAACGCGCGAAAUGUUCGUACCGAUAACAAACAUUAUAUCAUACCGUUUAUAUACAACGUAUUUUCAUCUAUUUACGAAAAUGUUUUGUUCUACAAAUAAAUAUACGGUGUUUCUUUAUCUA